GGAGGGGUCUGGGCGCGCGGCGGGCGCUGCGCGCGGGCGGCUCCGCUCUCCGCCGGCAGCGCGGCCCGAGCCGAGCCGGCCAUGGCCGUGUCCGCGCCGCCCGUCAUCGCCGCCACUUCCAGCGGCGGCGCGGGGGGCUCGGCGGGGCUGUUCCGCGCGGACCCGCUCUACUCCAGCCCCGCCGAGUCCCCGCGCGUCGCCAACAGCUUCCUGCCCUCCGGCGGCGGGGGCGGCAACGAGUGUAAGAUGGUCGAUUUGCACGGGGUGAAGGUGGCCUCGUUCCUCGUGGAGGGGCAGGAGCUCAUCUGCCUGCCGCAGGUCUUCGAUCUCUUCCUGAAGCACCUGGUGGGGGGGCUGCACACGGUCUACACCAAGCUGAAGCGGCUGGAUAUAUCGCCCGUGGUGUGCACGGUGGAGCAGGUUCGCAUCCUGCGGGGGCUGGGGGCCAUCCAGCCCGGCGUCAACCGCUGCAAGCUCAUCACCAGGAAGGACUUCGAAACUUUGUACAACGACUGCACCAACGCCAGCUCACGGCCAGGAAGACCCCCCAAGCGUUCCCUAGGAGUUGCGAUACAAGAGAAUGCGCGUCUUCUGCCCCAUGGAGUUCCAGGCCUCUUAUCACCAGGACUUAUCUCUCCAACAGGUCUGACAGCGGCUGCCAUGGCAGAGGCCAUGAAGUUACAGAAAAUGAAACUUAUGGCAAUGAAUAGCCUUCAUGGAAGUGGAAGUCAGAAUGGAACAGAAUCAGAAAAUGAAGAGCUCAAUUCAAACGCAGGCGGGAGUGAAUCCUCCUGGGAUAAAGACAAACUUCAGUCUCCUAUUACAACGGGAUCACAGCACAGCAUUGGUCAUCCCACACUGUCAGGGCAGUCGAGCCUUGGAAGUGCGCACCCGCUCAGUCCUCUCCAGCAGAAUCACCUGCUCACCAACAGGAUAGACCUGCCGUUUAUGAUGAUGCCCCACCCUCUGCUUCCCGUCAGCCUACCUCCUGCUUCGGUUGCAAUGGCAAUGAAUCAGAUGAACCACCUCAAUACGAUAGCGAACAUGGCUGCAGCAGCCCAAAUGCACAGUCCUCUUUCCAGGGCAGGAGCCUCUGUUAUAAAGGAAAGGAUUCAAGACAGCCCUUCUCCAGCUCCAUCUCUAGAAGACAGUCAGCGGCCUGGGAGCCACGCGUCCUCCCAUCAGAGCAGCAGCGUGUCCAGCUCACCGUCCCAGUUGGACAACACACCAGACAGAAUUGCUAUACUGACCAACAGCAGGGAAGGAGAACUCAUUGAUCAAGAAACCGGGACCAGCCUAAAAAAAAUACAAAAGGAGAAAGAAGAGGUCCAAAUUGCCAUUCCAAUAAUGAAACCAACCUUAGAUAAAGUCCAACUGGCUGGACAGGCCUUGCCUCCUGGAUUUCCAGCACCGUUUCUUUUUGCUGAUGGUCUUUCAUCGGUAGAAACAUUAUUAACCAACAUUCAGGGCCUACUGAAAGUGGCUGUGGACAACGCCAGAGUCCAGGAAAAGCAGAUACAGCAGGAAAAGAAAGAGUUAAAGAUGGAGCUUUGUAGAGAGAGAGAACUGAGAGAGAGCUUGGAAAGGCAACUCACAGCUGAGCUGCAAAGCAGAGCUACAAUUCAGAAACGCUUGAAGAAAGAAAAGAAAGCAAAGAGAAAAUUGCAGGAAGCUUUGGAGUUCGAAUCAAAGAGGAGAGAACAAGUGGAACAGGCGCUUAAACAGGCCACAUCAGGUGACGGUCUCAGGAUGUUAAAUGAUGCUGGAAUCCCAGAUAUGGAAAUAGAACACAACGGAACCCAACAUGACAGUGCAGCAAUGCAAGGUGCAGUAGAAAACAGAACAUACAUCAAACCUACUAUUAUGUACUGAAGGAAACACCUAUUGUUGAAAAAUGUAUAAUGAUCACUAUUUGAAGACUAUAUAGGUCAUGACAAACGUCCCUUCCAACCUUUGAUGCCUUCAGUACUGUGUGAAGACAGGAUUUGUAGCAUGAAACUUGAAGGACAAUUUCGAGCAAUUCACUGUUGCUGCAUCGAAAAACUGCCGUAUUGUCAUUAAGAAAUAUUGAGACUUUUUACAAGCUUACCAUACCAAACCAAGCCUGUUGCAACAGAUCAUUUUUAGGUCCCCAGAAAUAGAAAGGAGUUUUAGUAUUUUUAAGCACAUACAGGAAUUAUUCCCCCUUCCCCCCAAAAAGGACUUUUUUUUUUUUUCUAAGGAGGUAGCUGUUACUGUAUAGCAAUGGCACAAUGAUUUUAAGCCACAAAGGUCCUCACUGGCUGUACAUCAUACAAGUCCAGUUUAUCACUGAAACUGUUCAACAUGGAGCUGUUUCGAUUGUGUUUAUAAAUUAAGCUUUGUUUACUGAAGCAGAUACUCGAUAUAUAUUACGUUUUAAAAAGAAAUGUGUGUACAUUUUUUAAAAGAAUGAUGUAAAAAUUGUCCUUUCAUUAGAUGACCAAUUCAAAGGUGUGAGCUAAACCCUAAUAGCUGACGUAACAUGAGGAUUAUAAUUGAUGCUUUUUUUUAUGCUCAGUUCAGCUUGGCUUUUGGUCUUUUAAGAUGAAAAAAAUGAAUAUGCAGUAGAGUGUUAGAUAAUGGAAACUUUUAAGUAUGGUUUCUCUGUUGUACCAUAUUAAGUUAAAGUACACAUUCUUUGUUAAAAAUGUUCUUGCUAAAAAUACAGUAUUAAAAAUUUUUUUGUUUGACUUUGGAAAUCUUUUAAGGUUUUUUUUUUUUGACUGUGAAUUCCCAUGGUUACUGUACAAACGCAAAACGAUAUUUUGCACUAUUAAAAAUACUUGAAGAAAUUACUUAAUAAAGAGGGUGGGUUGGUAUUAAACAUUUCCCUAAUUAUUAUAUGUUAGAAAUUCUCAGCUUUGGAACCAAACCCUUCCUUUCUCAAAAUAC